GGCCGGUCAUUUGGAAACCUGACAGAAAACGGACUGUCCUGUGAAACACCACCACAGGAGGAGUUAACCUGUAGCAGAGCGUGUGGUUAAUCUUCUCCUGCGUCCAGCCAGGGGCUUCAAAGUGAUCCCUCUCAGGCUUUUCCCAGCCACUUUAUUUCCCUAAACAGAGCAGAAAACCCACUGAGGGAAUGAAAAUGUCUGUGGUGUCCAAGAAGCUGUGGUGCGUCCACAAGCAGCUGCUUCUCUGCCUCGCGCCACUUGUGUUUCUGCCUUUACUUUUUACUCUGCCAGAAAAGGAGGGAAAAUGCCUUUACGUUGUGAUACUGAUGGCUACGUUUUGGUGCACAGAGGCCUUGCCUCUGGCAGUCACAGCGAUGCUUCCAGUCUGCCUCUUCCCGACGCUGGGGAUUCUCCCUGCCAAAAAAGUCUGCCCCCAGUACUUCAUCGAGACCAACUUCCUCUUCCUCAGCGGUCUUGUGUUGGCAUCGUCGAUUGAGGAGUGGGGCCUGCAUCGUAGGAUAGCACUGAAGGUCCUUAGUAUUGUCGGAGUGAAACCCGCCUGGCUCAUCCUGGGAAUGAUGAUGACCUCAUCCUUCCUUUCCAUGUGGCUCAGCAACACCGCCACAACAGCCAUGAUGCUUCCCAUUGCAAACGCCAUCCUGGAGAGCCUGUUUGGGGACCUGGAGACCCUGAAGCAAAAGUGCAAAUCCCCAGAGGAUCGUGACAGUGCUGCAAUAAAUGGUCAAACUUCACUGAAGCUCCAUUCGCUGCCAUCAGAGCCUUCUGAAAAACAUAUGCUGUCAAUGGAUGGGAUGGAAGCUGUGGAGCCUGUAGACAUGAGGACGGCUGAGGAGAUCCAGUCAGAGUCAGAGUAUCAGCUGAAAGUGUGGAAAGGAUUCUUGAUCUGUAUUCCCUAUGCUGCCAGUAUUGGAGGUACAGCAACGCUGACAGGCACAGCACCAAACCUCAUCCUGAUUGGACAGCUCAAAAGCUACUUCCCAGACUGCGACCUUAUCAACUUUGGCUCUUGGUUUGCCUUUGCCUUCCCCCUGAUGCUUCUCUUUCUGUUUUUGGGAUGGAUUUGGAUCUCUUUUCUCUACGGCGGACUGAAUACAAGGUUAUGUUUCACGAAACACGACCACAGAGCCCAGGCAGAAGCCAGAGCCAAAGCUCUAAUUAAAGAAGAUUACAGAAAACUGGGGCCCAUAAACUUUGCAGAAGGGGCCAUCUCUUUCUUUUUUAUUUUAUUCGCUGUUCUCCUGUUCACAAGAGAUCCUAAAUUUGUUACUGGCUGGUCUGUGUUUUUCAAAAAAGGGUAUGUCUCAGAUGCUGUCACUGGUGUCAUCAUUGUGUCCAUUUUGUUCUUCUUCCCAUCACAAAAACCCUCUCUGAGUUGGUGGUUUGACCCAAAAGCUGUAAACACUCCAUACGUCCCUCUGCUUUCAUGGAAAAAGGCCCAGGACUCUGUUCCCUGGAACAUUAUCCUCUUGCUUGGAGGCGGCUUUGCAAUGGCCAAAGCUUGUGAGGAGUCCGGCCUUGCGUCCUGGAUCGGAGGCCACCUCCAGCCCUUGGCUGAAGUUCCCCCAGCUGUAGCUGUGAUGUUAAUCACUGCUUUCCUGGCUUGUUUCACUGAGUUUGCCAGCAACACAGCAACUAUUAUUAUAUUUCUGCCUGUCAUUGCUGAACUGGCCAUUCGUGUCUCUGUCAACCCUUUGUACUUCAUGAUUCCUGCCACUGUGGGAUGUUCAUACGCCUUCAUGCUUCCUGUUUCCACUCCACCCAACUCCAUCGCCUUUGCAUCCGGACAUCUCAUGGUCAAAGACAUGGUGAAAACCGGCUUUGUCAUGAACAUCCUGGGGAUCCUCUCUGUGUCUCUGGCUAUGAACACGUGGGGCGUCGCCAUGUUUAACUUGAGCUCCUACCCAAAAUGGGCUCACACCGCCAACACUACUGCUGCCACUCCAAAUGUUCACUUCCCAUCCAUGAGGUCAACCAACGCCACGCUCUGAGGACGUAAAUGCAGACUGUAUAUAGAUUUAAAAACUAAAACUAUACAUGGACGCGUCUGUUUUUAAAUGUGCUAAAACACCACAAAGUUCUGUUACUGCUGCUUCUGGCUCUUCUGCCUUUAGGAAGCUCGUUGUAAUUAUUGCUUCAUACUUUAAUGUUCACUUUGGCUUUAAGAUUUGUGAAUAUGCUGUGAAAAAAAAUGCUGAAUUAUCAUACACUAACUGGGCCAGAAGUACCAGAUGCCGUCAGAUUUAGGCCAUUCAGAAUUUCAGUAACAUCUAAUUCUUAAUCCAUUGAGUUUAAUAUGAUGUCGGCACCCUUUUACAGUCUAAACAGCUUCAGCUUUUCUGGUUUUGGACUUUUUUAAAAUUUUUUACAGAAACUCAUUUGUGAGGUCAGACACUGAUGUUGGACAAGAAGCCCUUGCUCUCAGUUUCUUCUCCAAUUCCUCCUAAAAGUGUUUUAGUGGGUUUAGGUCAGGAUCUGUGCAGAACUGUCAAGUUCUUGCAGAUAAAAUAUUUUUAAUAGACCUUUGUGCAUUGUUACCAAGUCAAAUUAGAACAGGAAGGCCAGUAUCUUGACUUCCUGAAGCCUUAAAUGUUGCAUUUACUGGAGUUAAAUGACUGAGUCUAACUUCCAAAAAGCAAAAACACAAAAGUAUACCAAGUAUUUUUGGUCUACUUUCUAGUGCAAAU